AUGGUGUCGUUCUCAUGCGAGGCGUGCGGCGACGUCCUUACCAAGAAGAAGCUUGAUCCCCACCGCAACCAGUGUCGCGGCGCAUCCUACACAUGCAUCGACUGCAUGUCGUGCAUGACGGAAGCGCAAAAAUACGAAGGCGCUCUCUACAAGGAAAAACCGAAGAAGGGCCAGCGCAAUGGCAAUAACAACAAGAACAACAACCACGCCAACCAAAACCCGAAGCCCAACGGCCACCGAGCUCCUUACGUCGAAGACGCUACCGAUGUCGACAACCCCAAGAGCAAAAACCCUCCCCCGCCGGCCCCUAGCCCUCCUCCGACGGGUGUCGAGAAGCCCUCCGGUAAUAAGCAGAGCGACAACAAGAAGGAAGUCAAUGUGUUCGACUACCUGGUGAACGAUCAAACGCCUAACGCGUCUAAGGUGUCCCUAGGUGGAUCGAAGGAGCAGAUGAGCAUGGUCGACCAUGCGCCUUCGGUGUUCGAGACCAGCAAGACGCUGGCUCCCAUUGACACUACGAAUAAUGAGAACAAUGCCUACGAUGUCGCCUACGAGGAGAAUGGAUACUCGUACGGUUCUGGCCCAAUCCCUCAGUCUGUGUAUCCAAACAAGGCUGCCAACAUGUCCAUGGAAUUCAUGACUCCGGCGCCUAAGAAGAAGAAGGAACGUUCGCGCAUGAAUGUUGAAGCCAGUGCUACUACGAGUGAUAAGAAGCGCAAGCGGCGCAUCGAAGAUCACGACAUGGAAGAUGCCGACACCCCCAUGCUGGAAGCUCCUUCGAGUGUGUUGAACCACCCGGGUACGCCCAUGCUGCACUCCGGCCUGACGGGUGGCCUGAACCGCAUGAUGCGGUCACCGUCGCUGGAGGGUGAGAACGAACAGGAAGACCACCCCCGCCGACGCUAUCAAGACCCUUCGUCUCCCAUCAAGCGCACCCGUCGAGACGAGAAGGAUGACGCUGGUCUGGGAAUCUCUAUUAAGAACCGUGCCGAGCGGCUAGUCUCGUCGAUGUUUGGAGGGUCCGUCGCGUCUGGCAGCAGUCACCACAGCAAUGAGACAUCCAACAAGGCGGCGCUUGUGCGCAGCCGUCGGCGGAGCCCCUCAGACGAUGGACAGGGUGCCGUGGAGAUCCGUCGGUCAAAGAAGACCGCCAAAGUCCGCAACGGGACAAAUGGCCAAGUGGUCUCGUCCGAUCCCCGCAAGUCGAAGCGCAAGAGCAGUGCCCAAACCGAGGGCGACCGCCCUUCCCGCCGCCAAAAGCAGAUCGAGUACUCCGGCGCUGGUCGCGAUGAGAACGACCAGAUGAUUGUCUACCGACAGCCCAAUGUCCCUGACGAGGUGCAGCGUGAGAUGGCGGCACAUUUCCUGUCGUUAGUGACAAAGGGACCGGAGAGCGGACGAGGGUUUUCCGUCAACAAGGUGCUGAAACGGUUCCAUCGCGACUUCACGGAUGAAUACGACGAUGACCGUGGUCGCGAGCAAGGACGCAGCCGGGCAGAUCGUGAGCGGCGUAUUGAAGACGAGAAAGAUCUGUGGCGAACUCUGCGGUUGAAGCGGAAUGAACGGGGCGAGGUCGUUGUGUUUUUCUAA